CCAUUUUGACUCGUCUCCUUUUCAGCGGCGGCCGCGGCCCCUGUUGCCGAAGAGCGGCGGGGAUCGAGGGACGGCGUCGGCGUCGGCGUCGCUGGGGAGUUUCUUCUCCGGAUCCCGAGGCUGUGGAAGCAGCCGCCCGUUGGGAGGCAUCAUGAUUUCGGCCGCGCAGUUGUUGGAUGAGUUAAUGGGCCGAGACAGGAACUUGGCCCCUGACGAGAAGCGCAGCAACGUGCGAUGGGAUCAUGAGAGCGUUUGUAAAUAUUACCUCUGCGGUUUUUGUCCUGCUGAAUUGUUUACAAAUACCCGUUCAGACUUAGGCCCAUGUGAAAAAAUUCAUGACGAAAAUCUUCGGAAACAGUAUGAGAAGAGCUCUCGCUUUAUGAAAGUUGGUUAUGAAAGAGAUUUCCUGAGAUACUUACAGAGUUUACUAGCAGAAGUAGAGCGUAGAAUUCGACGAGGCCAUGCUCGUUUGGCACUCUCUCAAAACCAGCAGUCAUCUGGGGCAGCUGGACCUACUGGCAAAAAUGAAGAGAAAAUUCAAGUUCUAACUGACAAAAUUGAUGUACUUCUGCAACAGAUUGAAGAAUUGGGUUCUGAAGGAAAGGUAGAAGAGGCCCAAGGAAUGAUGAAACUUGUUGAACAAUUAAAAGAAGAAAGAGAAUUGCUUAGAUCUACAACGUCAACUAUUGAGAGUUUCGCAGCUCAAGAAAAACAAAUGGAAGUUUGUGAAGUGUGUGGAGCCUUUUUAAUAGUGGGAGAUGCCCAGUCCCGAGUAGAUGAUCACUUAAUGGGAAAACAACACAUGGGCUAUGCCAAAAUUAAAGCCACUGUAGAAGAAUUAAAAGAAAAAUUAAGAAAAAGAACUGAAGAACCCGAACGUGAUGAUCGUUUAAAAAAAGAAAAGCAAGAACGAGAAGAGAGAGAGAAAGAGAGGGAACGGGAAAGGGAAGAGAGGGAAAGAAAGAGACGAAGAGAAGAAGAAGAAAGGGAAAAGGAGAGGGUUCGAGACAGAGAAAGACGCAAGAGGAGUCGUUCUCGAAGUAGGCACUCAAGUCGGACCUCUGACAGAAGAUGCAGUAGGUCCCGGGAUCACAAAAGAUCAAGAAGUAGAGAAAGAAGGCGGAGCAGGAGUAGAGAUCGACGGAGAAGCAGAAGUCAUGAGAGAUCAGAAAGAAAACAUAGAUCUCGGAGUCGAGACCGAAGAAGGUCAAAAAGUCGAGAUCGGAAAUCAUAUAAACAUAGAAGCAAAAGUCGGGACAGAGAGCAAGAUAGGAAAUCUAAGGAAAAAGACAAAAGAGGAUCUGAUGAUAAAAAAAGUAGUGUGAAGUCCAGUAGUCGAGAAAAACAGAGUGAAGACCCAAAUACUGAAUCGAAGGAAAGUGAUACUAAGAAUGAGGUCAAUGGGACCAGUGAAGACAUUAAAUCUGAAGUGCAGCGUAAGUAUGCACAGAUGAAGAUGGAACUAAGCCGAGUAAGAAGACAUACAAAAGCACCUUCUGAAGGAAAAGACAGUGUAGUCCUGCAAAACAUUUUGAGGUACAUUGUUUUGUCUCAGCUAUUUUGUAGCAGACUCGUGCCCCCAUUAAGUGUGCCUCUUUGGAACUAUUGCCCACAUUUGUAAUUUAGUCGCCAUAGAACAUUUAAUUAUCCUUUUUUUUUUUUAGGGAUUUUGCUGUCAUUUCUUUUUUUUUAAAAAAAAUUGAACUGUUUUUAUUUUUUUUUGUUUUUUGUUUUUUGGUAUUAAGUCCAUAUUGUGUUGGUACAUUGGCAGAGACAUUUGCUUUAAUACUUAAAUAUUUCUGAGGCACAUGUUGGACUACUUUGUUUUAUUUAAACUGCUAGUAUUUCUUUGUCAAGGAUGUUUCUAGUUUUUUGCUUUAUUGCCUUGCAUUCUAAUGCAGUUUGUUCUGUAACUCGAGAGCCAGUAGCAUUGGAUUGAUGGAAGUGUAGGGUUUAUGAAUUAUUGCAGCUGACUACCAUACCUCACACAGCGUUGGUGUUGUGAGCGGCCCCUGAAAAGCCAAAUUAAAAAUCAAGGAUUCAGUCAAACUAAGCAGGUACUCAUGCCAGGUACUCCUUUCUCUACCCACAUCCAUGUUUGAAUGCUAUUGCCUGUGAUCUUUAAGCUGACUGUUGUGUAUUCUUUCGUUGUUUACAAGAAGCACAGAGGGUUUUUUGUGUAUUGUGUGUAAAUCUAAUGUUAACAGAAUGGAAUUUUUUUUCAACUGUAUGUAGGGAUGCAGUGAUGCCCAGAAUUAGAUAUCUUUAAAGAAUUUUAACAUACAAUAAACACUCAGUAAUCGCCUUGUUACAUUCAAUGCAAUUCAAGUCUUUGAGAGGUAUGUCUUUAAUAUUUCCUACUGUGUAGGAGAACUUGGAGUCAGCCAUAAUAGGUAUACAGAAUAGUUAUUGGCUGAUAUGUAAAGCAAAUGAUAAUUAGAUAGGGCAGACACCAGCUAUCUGCAAAAUGCCAGGAAACUGUUAACUGGAUAGAGUGGCAAAAUAUAUGAGAAGUUGGGUUUUUAAAGAACUUGUAAAAUUUAGGAUACAAGUAUGUUCUUAAAACCUAUAAUCUUUCCAUUCUUGGGCUGGUAGAGAUUUUUGUGGGAACAAAUAUUUUUAAUGAAAGGAAGUACCAAUUAAAAGAUUAUUCUCAGGGCAUUUAGUUUCUUCAAAUAAAACAACAGUGCAAUUACAGUGUGUGUAGACACAUCUAUACAAGCACACGUAUCUAUGCAUAGGUACAUUUAUUUUAAAGAUACACUCAUACAUAACUGCAUUAUGGAUCUUUUUCAAAACAUUUUCCACCCACAAAUGUUGAUUACACUAAGCAAUUAGUGGCUGGGCCAGCAUUUAGUAGUUAAAAUCAGAGCUUUUUAUAUGUUGUCUAAUUAUCAUUUUUCCCAAAAUUUUACAUUGUAGGAUUAUGAUCUGAAGAGUUUCAGAAGAAUUCUGAAGACAGCGUAAAGUGAAGACCGACUUUAAAAUGAGGUGAAAGAAAGCUGUAGUGGCGUAGAAAAAGUAUAAAGCUCAGUUAGAAUUUUUUUUUUAUUAAAAAUAAAUUCAGGACUUGAUGUGACCUCCCAGAGUUCAGAACAUGUGUUAAUAGCUUAUAUGCCACUGAGAAUUUAGGUCCUGUAUCAUAUUUUCUUUUCUUUAAUAAGACUUUUAAAGAUAAACAUUACUUAAACACGUGACUUGCUCAGUGCUUAAUUGCGAGUUUUCAUUUUUGGACUUUGAAGACAGGAAUAAAUGUUAGUAUUUGUGUGAAUCAAACUAAACUGAAUCCCAUUUUUACAACUGCUAUACCUAGCUUCUUGAUAUAGAAGUGAAAAUAAAGUACCUUUGAACUUUCUGUUACAAAUUUGAUUGUCUCUGUCAUUGAGAAAUUCUAGUAUUAAUCUUUACCUAAUAAAGUUAUUGUCUCUAAA